AAACAGCGCCAGAUGUCGGCGCAACGAAUCUUCCAAAUCCUGCAGAUAGCCAAGGGCUAAUACCUGGAGCCAUACUUCAAGACAAUGUUCGGCACGAAUCAUCUGGCAUGAUCUCAUCCUCCUUGGGCAACAAAGACAUGAUCAAUGCGGUUGGCGAUUUACUUGGAGAGAAUCGUGAUACUAUUGAGGAGAACACAACGCCCGAGAACGUAGUGCAAGAAAUCGAAGCAGGAUUGGCAAGCAAACGCGUCCCGACCGAGAGGGUUAUACAGGCCUUCCAAGUCGAAAAUCCCAUUCAACCAAGAGAGGUUAAGAAGCGACUGUAUGAACAUUUCGAGGAUUAUUUCAGGGGAAACUGUCAUCGACGCAAAUUUGCCUUUCACGAGCGACUCAGACAUACCCCGAACCCUGGGCUAGAAAUUGUUGGUUCGGGAUCAAUCGGAUUCCCGUUGGACGACGAUGAUAUAACCAAGAUCAAAGCCGCCAGUAAAUCCCUAUCAACCGAGUCUCCAAUUAGUAGCCUAAGAACUCUCUGGGAAGUGCCGAAAGACAUGUGGCAGACAAAAAAAUCCUGCUUGGCUGAAAGCACUCAAGUCGUCCGUUGUCAAAGUUACCCACGGAUUAGAAAUUGAUUCCAAAGCGAAAGUGGAAUUCGUCCGAGAGUCAUUGUGGCUAUUCGAACCUGGAAGCACGCUGAAUGAUGUUCAAAGGCCCGUACUGGCGUCUCCAAAAUUUGCAACUCUCGACAUUACUCUGCCUUCCGAGCGCAAUGAGCUCGAAUACAAAUUAAUC